UAUGUUCACUAAACUGUGUAAACUGUAGCAGUGCGGGCCCCAUUUAUAACAUUUAUAAAACUAUCAAUACAAUUAUGUAUCUUAAUAGACUAAAUCAUCAUAUUUAAAUAUAUCAGCGAUGUAUAUUCACACAAAUACAGACUAUGCCAUCAAGGUCCGUUGGAAAUCACUAUUACAGUUAUGAUGGAAAGUAGAAGUAAGGGGUUGCAGUUGCAAGAGAGGAGACCCGAAUCAGUGCAGAUGCUCAUGUGAUCUCUCCUGGCGAAUCAGAGCACACGAAAAAAUGCAGAAUAAAUCAUUUUUAAGCAGUAGCCUACUACAGAUCUAUGAAGGACAAGCGGAGUAAUAGGCCUACGUAAGAGUGUCUUUUAAAAAUUGUGAUUUAAUUGUUAGCUUAUGCGUUUUUCAUUGGCAGCUGGCGUAAAAACAGAUUGUUUGGGUGGCAUCACAGUGCUUUCCUGCGCAUCAGAGGCGAAAGGAUGAUGUCGAGUGCAGCUCUGCGGGCGAUGAUGCUUCUCCUGGCGGUGCAGCUUCUCUGCUUCAGGCCGACGAGCGCCGAGCAGGAGGCUGGCACAGUAAUUCCUGCCGAAAGCCGCCCGUGUGUAGAUUGUCAUGCCUUUGAGUUCAUGCAGAGGGCUCUACAGGAUCUAAAGAAGACUGCCUUCAACUUGGACUCACGGACGGAGAGUCUGGUGUUGCGGGCAGAGCAAAGGGCCCUGUGUGACUGCAUGCCUGGCACCACCUUGCGUUAGGCAGAUACCCCUCACCUUGGCAGUGUUCUGGUGCCAAGGCCAGGCACCUCUGACCCGGGGACCUGGGCACCCAGGCCCCACCGGGACAUGACACGCGUUACUUCCUCACCUGACUAGACGACCCAUCCACCAGCACCUUAUCACUGCAGAGACUCCAUUCACAACUCUCUCUCUCUCUCUCUCUCUCUCUCUUCUCUUUGUGUGUGUGUCUCUCUCCUUCCUUUUGUGCCAAGCUGAAAAAGGACUCCAUAUGACUCCCCUUCAUUUUCCACAGUAAAAACAGAGCAGGACCCAAGCAGUCACGCCUCCUCACAAGCAUCUCCCAUUCUCUGUUUGUCAACCCGGAAUAUCAGAGCAUUCUGUAAGCCCACAUGUCUCACCAUGCAUAUUAUUUGCACAGUAGGUGUCUUUGCACAGUAUGUACGUAAAGAUAGAGAUGUAUGUUCAGCUUGAUGUAUUAAGAAGCGCUAUUUACACGAUUACUGUUUUCCACUGUCAUUUUAACAGAAUUGUAUAAGUAGCAGAAAUAGGAACUACACCUAAAAGAUCAGUUACAUUGUACUAAUACUUUACAGAAAUGGAAUUCUGGUAUAUGACAUGAAUAGAUUAGGGAUAGACUCUAAAGAAAGAGUUGCUUCAUCAGCAUGGAAAUGGGUUUUGUCUAGUAAGGGACAUAAUCAUUUUAAGGCCAUUUUGGGAUGAAUUCUACUGGGCUGUAGGGACACAAUAUACUACUAAAUUCUUUUAGAAUUAAUUAUUUGCAUCAUGGUUUUGAUUUUGUGUGACCCAAUACCUAGGGGUGGGUGGGAUUGGAUUGUAGUGGGAAAGAUUUAGUUUAGCCUGUGUAAUCUGUAUGAAAAAAAAAAGUCUUGUCUGAUAGUAAUUGUUAACAAUAUUGUUAUUUUGCUUGUAAAGAAACACUUUAUGUCAGGCUUUCAGAAAUGAUGUUCCAUUUGUGCUAUCUUGCAGUGAACUAAUUAAGACUGUGGACCCUCUUUUAAGCGGUUCACAGGGCAGCAUUGAAAUAAAAUUAAUAUACUAUA